ACACACACUUGCGUUGUUCAUAAUCGUCCUUUAUUGCAUUGCUGACUAAAUCAAAAUUUGGACGUGCAAAUGUGCAUAAAAAGCGCGUCGUUUUUACACGUCGAACAGCCUCAUUGAAUUGCAAAUGCUUCUUUUUUCUCCUGCACGUCAUUUAUGUGUGCGUGCACAUGCGUACGCGCGUACAUAUAUGCUUUUUUUUUCUCUCUGUCAUUUCAAGGCAACCCGCAUACCACUUGCGCGAUGGUCGCGACGAUAGAUCGAUGGAACAAUCUGCGGCUGAUGUCAUUAUGAAUUUUGAUGCUAUCGCGCGCGUUCAUCGAUCAUCAUUAUUCAUCCUCAUUUGAAUAAACUAUUUAUUCUCGCCGCGCGAGGAUCAAAGACUAAUUAAUUCUUGUUUUUUUUCUUUUCUUUUUUUUUUGUAACUAUUCUCUGUACUAGUAGGUAUAUCAAUUGCGCAUUAUUCGUGUAAUAGAAAGUAUCGCAACUUUUUCGAUAUAAACAAAAUAAAACUUUUAUGUACAUAUUAUUUAUCGCAAAAAUAACUUUAUAAUUUGUCAGUGUAUUUAAAAUGUGUCACGAUAUAUUUUUUGACUGAUUAAUCGGAAAGUGCGAUUAGCAUGUGUUUAUGUGAACGGAAAAUAAUCUUCUUUAAAGUACGUUUAACGGAAACCAUAACCGCAUCGAGGAAGCGGUUAACUACUAAGGAAUCUUUAGUUCUUUCCAGUUCGCGAAGAAGAACGUCAAAAGUAGAUUGUUUCGGGACUAUUAUAAAAAGUGACUGUAUCGAUAUAACCGCAUAUUGAGUUCAUAGAAUUGUUAAAGAAACAAAACAAAAAAGUUCUGUUUUUUAGCGCGAAAUUGUUGUUGUGAAAUUUCUUCUCGAGAAAUGCGGGCUUAAAAUUUAAAGAACUAUUAUAUCGAUAGUAAAUUGUCACAAGAAUCCCGAGUCUCGCUUCUCAGAGUAAUGUCUCAAUACGGCUUUCGGUGUUGAUGUCAUUUCGCUAGAGAUGUAUCUUUACUCCUUUCACCGGCACACAAAGUUGUGAGAACGAGCAGUGGCAAAACGCAGAUCGUGGGAUCGUUAAGAGAUAUCCGGAGGUAACAUGGAAGAGAGGGACAACGCAAAGUGCAUCACGGAGCGGAAGCAGCAAAAUGUUUCGUUGCCGGAUAUGUCGCAAUGGAGCGUGCCGGACGGAUGGCCGUUCAGGAAAGCAAAUUCAAGCAGGCACUCAAUCGAUACCCAAAAGGCCGUGAAAAUCGAUCUCGAUCCAUUCGCCGAGGAAUACGACAUGAACCAUAAGAGAAGAGGAGUAGCGCUCAUACUAAACCAUGUUCACUUCGAGAGCAUGAGCACGAGGAAGGGAUCCGUAAAGGACUCCCUACAUCUGAAGGUAUCAUUAAGCAAGCUCGGAUUCGACGUCCGGAUUUACACCGAUCCAACGGUCAAAGUUAUAGCCGCGACCUUACAGUCGACCGCUGCGGAAGACCACACGGAUGCCGACUGCCUGAUCGUGGUCGCAAUGUCACACGGCGAGUCGGGUCUAUUGCAUUCGACCGAUAGCCUGUAUCCAGUCGAUAUGCUGUGGACUCCCUUCACUGGCGAUCGAUGCUCCACUCUGGCCGGGAAACCAAAGUUGUUCUUCAUUCAGGCAUGCCGCGGGUCGCAACUGGACAAAGGGGUGAAAAUUAUUCAUGAGACGGAUAGCAAGAGAACCACAUACAGCAUUCCCACCUAUGCGGAUAUCAUGGUUGCGUAUUCCACUUAUGACGGUUUUUACUCGUGGCGUAAUCCGGACGUGGGCUCUUGGUUCAUACAAGCGCUCUGCGAGGAGCUGGAUCUUCACGGACGUAAACGCGAUCUACUCAGCCUAAUGACCUCCGUGAACCGUCGCGUCGCCAUCGAGUAUCAAUCGUACGUGCCGCAAAACGAAAAAUUCCAUGGAAAGAAGCAGAUCCCGUCGAUUGUCUCGAUGUUGACCCGACUCGUGUACUUUCCCGAUAAGUGCACAUCGAUACCGGACGAUCUCGACGAUGUAUCAGAAGAAAAGAAGUCGCAGGUUUGCGAAAAAGUAACAUAAAACACGAAAGAACGUUGGCGUUUCUCGAACGCAAAGAAAAAUGAUGGAUUUUCCGUCAGGAACUGACAAAUUGAUUUCGAUUAUUUUCAUGCAUCAAAUUUGAAAAACGAUCAUAGAGAUCCGCGUGACUCAUCAAAUAUGUUUAAAUCUUGUUGCGAUCAAACGUAUAUACCCGAGACAAAAUUUUGCUCUUAUUUUCAAUCUCAUUUUUUUCACACUUAUGGUUUCUAAAAGGUUUUGAUAUGUUUAAUCUUUACAGAAAUUAAGUUUCUAUUUUGGACCUCAAACACGCAAUAAACAAAUAAUUUCAAAUGUAAUUUAAUUUUAAUUCGGGUUUCAACGAGAUAAUAUGCUAUCUAUUUAGCUAAAAAAUAUAAAUAGUUUUCUACCUUUCUAUUGUUAUUUUAUUGUCAGAUGAGAUAAAGCGACGAAUAUCUUUAAAUAGUAUCUAUACUGCCUCCAUAUUUAAUCAAAUACUAUUCAUUGAGAUUAUCUUGUUCGAAAUACAAAAUUCGAUUUUAAGAUUCGUUUUUGUCAAUACCUUUCUGUUCGUGUGAUUUAUAAAAAUGUGCAUUGUUAGAAUAUUUUAUCUAUUAUUGUUAUCGUUAAAGUACUAUUGUUCUCGUUAAACCAUAAUAGCAAAUUGAAUAGAAUUAGGAAUUGCAAAAUUGCCUAAUAUCUGGAUAAUGCUUAUUUAAUACUCUAUGUGUUUAUUGUACAAUUGAUUUGGCAAAUAAAUUAUGGAAUAUCACGUAAAGAGCAUAAUAAUGUUGAUAAUGCUCGGCAAAGUAAAAUAAAUCGCCAGUACGUAUUAAGCAA